AGAAGAAAAACACAUUGAGUUGUACAAAAAUCGUAGUGUUAUAGCUUGUGUAGACUUACUUAUAUAUAUAUAUUUUUUUAUUACAGUAGGCCUAUAUUAAUAUUGUGUCGUCGGUGGAGUUUGGGGGGUGUUAAAUCCUCUUGUUAUUUCUAUUGGAUACAGUUGAGUAAUCAGCAGAACACGCACACCGGCCGAUAUAUCACACAACAAAAACGCGACGACGAGGAUUGAGAAAAUUUCAGCAGCUGCUUGUAAAAACGAGGGUUCAGCAUACUGAUUGUACUAUUGAAAGGUAUCAUCCGAAAAAGAACGCACCAGUUUAAAAUGCCGCCUAAAGGAAAACCAAAAACCAAAGGGCAGAAACAGAUUUAUCUGGAAAACAAUGAGACUCUGAAAUUCUACUCUUCAGUGAUGGGGAUAACCUCUGGACUGCAUAUAGUUUUUAGACUUUUAUGGUUCUAUGAAUCUUUCUUAUGGUAUAACUGGGUAUUACUUAUUUUAUCUGUGGUUACAUAUUUUGGCUGUUAUAAGUUAUUAUCAUCCAUGGCAAAAGCAACAUUUUCUGAAACAGGUACGUUGGUAGAUGGAGGAAUUGAUUUGAACAUGGAAUCUGGAAUGGCAGAGCAUAUAAAAGAUAUAAUCUUGUUGACAGCAAUAGUGCAGUUUCUAGGCAUUUUUUCAGAUUAUUUCUGGUUAUUAUGGCUGUUAGGGCCUAUUCGUGCUUUCUACCUUGUCUGGGUCAAUUUCCUGUCACCUUGGUUCUUUGCUCCACCUCCUCCAGAGGAUGAUGAAAAGAAGAUGAGGAAAAAGGAGAGGAAGGUGUAUAAGCGGUAUUGAUGUUGAGAUUUGGAAAAUCAUAAUAAUAAUAAUAAUAAUAUUAAUGAUAAUAACAACACUUAGCAACUGAAAUAUAUGGUCAUGAUCAUAGGUGUAGACCAUGAAUCCUGUUUAUACCUCUCUAAAAUGUAUAUUUGAGGCUUGUCAUCCCAAAACCAGAGUACUGUCGCUAAAUGUUAAACUGAGUAAUAUAUAAAUAUACAGUAUAACAUAAGAAUGUGUCGGUAUUGUGUACUUUAGUGCAGAGAAGCCAUGAUACUUUUACUCAAAACUUUGGCAAUAAUAAGUUGAUGGAGAAUAUGAAUAUAUUAAAAAAUCAAUUUUCUUGUUUUGGUCACUGAUGCUAGGUUUGGCAUUGCAAGCCCCAUUUAAAAACUUGACUGAUAGUCACGUUUAUUUUUAUAUCUUUCAAAUUCAAAAGUUAUUGAAACUUUAAAAGAGGAUAUUUAAAAACAAAAUAUUGAAAAUUAUGUAUUUUAUGCAGAAUUGCAUGUAAAAAAAUAAAGUAAAUUAAAAAUUAAUGAAUAUGUUUUGUCAUGUUCCCAGUUUUGGUACCUUGAAUUAAAACAUUGGCAGAAUCAGAAAAAAGGGAUGGCAAAGGGCACUUAAUUAAGGGCACUUAAUUUCUUGGAACUAAAGUGCAGGCUCAAUUUUAAAUUCCUAAAUCUGUCUCAGUAAAAUAAAUUUAAGCCCAGAUGCUUUAUUUAAAUUUCUUACUUCCACCCCCAACUUUUAAGUAGACUUUAAUGCAAAAUACUUCUUUCAUGUAAGACCACCCCUUAAAGUGGUUGAAAAAGACAUUUUACACUAUGUAAUCCUCAGAUAAACAAUUUUAAGUUCUAGUAUACAGAUAAAUUGCAUAUGAAAUUCUAGCUUGGCCCAACUCUUGAGCUACUUAACCUUCCCUCAGCACCUGAGAAACUUGGGCCCUAGGCUGGACUGUGGUGUUGGCUACACCUACAAUAUGUAGCCUACCUAAGCCUGCAAACAUUAUGUUGUUUGCAUUUUAUGGUUCGUUUGGGUUUAAAUGUCAUGAUAAUGUUCCAUCAGCAAAAAGUUGAGCUUUGGUUUUUAACGCAGCUGUUUAUUUUUCUACUGCAGCAAAACAUUUAAGGUGCUAAUAAAUUAAUUUCUAGGAAAAAGACUGAGCACAGAAUGUUACUGCUGAGCAUAAGGACUACUACAGCAGUGAAAUUAUCUUUCUAUGACAAUUUUUCUCGUUUAUUGUGUGGGGAAAUUUGACUUAUCUCUUGUGGAAAUGUUUACCCCAAACUCAAUCCAAUUUCAUGUUCAAGGGGCAGACUUUUUACCUGAGGAACUAAGAUAAUUUAUAUAUAAUAUAUAUAUUAUACACAAAAUAAAAUGUAAAUGUACACUACACUUAUAUGCAGAAUAACAAAGUUUUUAAGGGUAGGAGCUCUUAUUGAUUUUACUAAUAGAGUGUUUAGUCUGCAAAAACAAAUCAAAUUUCACACUUGUCUAGCCAAGGUGUAUUAAUUCAGUGGUGGUGCCACCAUUCCUUGCUCUGGUGCCCUUGUAGCUAGAAAUGCAUUUGGAGGUAUCAAGACUAAAUUAUUAAUCUUGUUAAAGUGGAAAUUAGCUGAAAUUAGGUUGUUCCAAAUGUAAAACUCUUUCUGAGGAAGACAGUAAUAGUAAUCUGACUGGCAUAUAAAAUUACUAAUGAUUAUGAUUUUGAGUUAACAAUUCAGAAAAUAAGAUUUUUGCCUUACUGUAAGUACUCAUAGCACUGCAGUGUUUGAAGCAACCUUAUGUGAUGAUUUGAACUUUGCUUAUAAAAUUGCUUUCCAGAAACAAAUAGCCAGUUAAGAUAAUUUCAAACGGGUAUUUAUUCUCUCAAGGUGUAUGGAAAAUUCUAGAAUUUAUAAUGCUUUUUACCUCUCGUAUUUGGUAUACAGUACAGUAAGAAUUUCAAACAGGUCAUUGAAUCAUGUUGUUGG